UCAUGCUGCUGCCAGGUCCACAGUCUCUCAUGGGUCCCUGUACGGCCUCCCAUUGCUGCUGUCUCCAUCGCCACACUCUGCCAUGUGCCACUUUCAGGUCUCCUCACACUGCUGGUGUGUUCCAUUUUUUGUCAUAGGGUGCUGGCAGAUUACGGGCCUCCCAUUGCUGCUGCCAGGCCCCUAAUCUGCCAUGGGCCCCUGUACCGCCUCCUCAUGCUGCUGCCAGGUCCAGAGUCUCUCAUGGGUCCCUGUACGGCCUCCCAUUGCUGCUGUCUCCAUCGCCACACUCUGCCAUGUGCCACUUUCAGGUCUCCUCACACUGCUGGUGUGUUCCAUUUUUUG